GAUUCUCCCCCCUUGAAGAUUUGAUUUAAUUUUUUUCCUCUCCUUUGGCUGACUUUGUUGAGGAGAAGCACUCUCCGCGGUUGUUAUGAAGACUUCACUCGUCCUUUCUUAACAUGGAAGCAUCCAGCGGGUCGAGUUUUGGGAUAGACACUAUUUUGUCCUGCGCGUCAAACUCCGGCAACCCGGUGCUCAUGAACGGGGAUUUCCGCCUGGGCGACAGCAGGACAGCGGACUUCAGGAGCCAGGCCACCCCGUCCCCGGCAUGUUCGGAGAUAGACACUGUGGGCACGGCCCCCUCGUCCCCCAUCUCGGUCACCAUGGAGCACCCCGCCGCCGCCGCCGCCUCCGAAGCGCAUCUGGUGCAGGACAGCCUUCAGCAUCACCACCACCACCACGGCCAGGGUGGUUUGCCGCUGUCGCCUCAGCAUCAGCAGCAGCAGCUCGCCGGGGCCGGCUGCGCCCCGAGGAUCUCCACUUCCUCCUUCCUAAUCAAAGACAUUCUAGGCGACAGUAAACCGCUGGCAGCCUGCGCACCUUACAGCACCAGCGUGUCGUCGCCCCACCACACGCCAAAACCAGAAAGUGCCACGGCCACGGACGGCUUCCGGCCCAAACUGGAGCAGGACGAAAACAGGGGCAAGCUGGACAAAAGAGACGACAUUCAGAGUGACAUGAAGUGCAACGGGUCUAAAGAAGAGGGGGACCGGGAGAUCUCCAGUAGCAGAGACAGCCCACCGGUGCGCACGAAAAAGCCUCGCAAAGCACGCACAGCCUUCACCGACCACCAGCUGAACCAGCUGGAGAGGAGCUUUGAGCGACAGAAAUACCUCAGCGUGCAGGACCGCAUGGACCUGGCUGCAGCCCUCAACCUGACAGACACACAAGUCAAGACCUGGUACCAAAACAGACGGACGAAGUGGAAGAGGCAAACGGCGGUGGGAUUAGAGCUGCUGGCUGAAGCAGGAAACUACUCGGCCUUACAGAGAAUGUUCCCGUCGCCAUAUUUUUACCACCCCAGCCUGCUGGGCACCGUGGACAGCACGACGGCGGCGGCGGCGGCCGCGGCCAUGUACAGCAGUAUGUACCGGACUCCUUCCGCGCCUCAUCCCAGCCUCCAGAGACCUCUCGUCCCCAGGGUGCUCAUUCAUGGCCUGGGGCCCGGGGGGCAACCGGCACUGAACCCCCUUUCCAACCCCAUGCCCGGCACGCCGCACCCGCGGUAAAACGAAAAGACUGAAA